AUGGAACUGCCUACGGAAGAGGAAAAAAUACUAAAAUUUACAAAUUAUAAAUACAAAGAUAUCGUACCGUUUGCUGUUUACGCUGAUUUGGAGUGCACUCUGUUACCUGAGUCAGCUAAUAAUGAUAAUGGUUCUCAAACACAUAUCCCUCACAGUAUUGCCAUGUACACGCAUUGUAGUUAUGAUGAAACUCUAUGUAAAUUUGAAAUAAAUCGGUCACCUGAUUGUAUUGAGUGGUUUACAAGGAAACUUGAAAAUCUUGCACAUAAAGUAAACAGUUUUCUGUGGGGUGGAAUAGCAAUGAAACCACUAAAUUCUGAAGAAAUUAGAUAUCACAAUUCUAUGAAUAUUUGUCAUAUUUGCUCGAAAGUAAUAUUAGCAAAUGAAAAAAAAUGUCAUGAUCACUGUCAUUUUACAGGGAAAUACCGGGGUCCAGCUCAUAACUCUUGUAAUUUAAACUUUAAGCGACCACAUACAAUACCUGUAGUUUUUCAUAAUUUAUCAGGGUAUGACUCACAUUUUAUAAUCAAAGCUAUAGCUUUAGAUAUUAAAGGAUCUACGAAACUUUUACCUUUAAAUAAAGAACACUAUAUCUCAUUUACAAAGUCAAUUGAAAAAACUAGAGUCGAAUUACGUUUCAUAGAUUCUUUUAGAUUUAUGGCAUCAAGCAUAGAAAAAUUAGCUUCAUAUCUAACUGACGAUGACAAACAAAUAACCCGUAAAUACUAUACUGAUCCUGAUAAAUUCAAAUUAAUGAUACGUAAAGGUGUGUUUCCCUAUGAAUACAUAGAUAGUGUUGAUAAAUUAGAUGAUAAACAGUUACCAGAAAAACAAUUAUUUUACUCUAAGCUAAAUGAUAAUGAUGUAUCCGAUGAGGAUUACAAUCAUGCUCAAGAAGUUUGGAAUAAGUUUAAUAUUAAAACAUUAGGCGAAUAUUCAGAUUUGUAUUUGAAGACAGAUGUCUUAUUGUUAGCGGACAUUUUUGAAAAUUUUCGUCAUAGUUGUCAGAAGACUUAUGAGCUAGACUCGUUACACUAUUUUACAUCACCAGGACUUAGUUUAGAUGCAAUGUUAAAAAUGACAAAUAUUGAAUUAGAGUUAUUGACUGAUCCGGAAAUGAUACUCUUUAUUGAAAAAGGCAUUAGAGGUGGAGUAUCUCAAUGUACAAAUCGAUAUGCGCAAGCAAACAAUCGUUUAAUGGGUGAUGAUUUCGAUCAAAAUAAAGAUGAAUCAUAUUUAAUGUACUUUGAUGUAAACAAUUUGUAUGGGGGUGCAAUGAGUAUGUCAUUACCUCAGAGCUCAUUUAAAUGGAAGGAAAAUAUUACUCAUGAUAACAUAAAUACUUUAUUCAAUGCUAAUGGUUCUGAAGGAUAUAUAUUAGAAGUAGAUUUAGACUAUCCGAUCAAUUUACAUGAGCUCCAUAAAGACCUACCAUUGUGCCCUGAACAUUUUGUACCUCCAAACUGUAAACAAGCAAAAUUGGCAACAACGCUUUAUUCUAAGAAAAAUUAUGUUGUACAUUAUAAGAAUCUGCAACAAUAUCUUACUCUAGGUAUGAAGCUUGUGAAAGUUCAUAGGGUUCUAAAAUUUAAACAAUCGGCAUGGUUAAAAUCGUAUAUUGAUAAAAAUACAGAAUGUCGAAAAAAUGCUAGAAAUGAAUUUGAAAAGAACUUUUACAAGCUCAUGAACAAUGCAGUAUUUGGUAAAACAAUGGAAAAUGUGAGAAAAUAUAAAGAUGUUAAGUUAGUGACAAAAUGGCAUGGUAGAUACGGUGCGAAAUCUUUAAUAUCGAAACCAAAUUUCCAUAGUUUUACCAUUUUUGAUAAAGAAUUAUUAUUAAUUGAGUUAAAAAGAGUUAGAGCUAAUUUUAAUAAACCAAUUUAUGUUGGAUUUACUAUACUUGAUUUAUCAAAAACUUAUAUUUACGAUUUUCACUAUAAUUACAUUAAAAAAAAAUUUACUAAUGAUGAAUCAAAACUUAUGUAUACUGAUACUGAUAGUUUAAUUUACUAUUUUAAGGUUCCGAAUAUAUAUGAAAUCAUUAAACGUGAUAUUAAAAUGUUUGACACCUCCGAUUAUCCUCCAAACAAUAUUUAUGAUAUUCCAUUAGUAAAUAAAAAAGUUGUUGGUCUCAUGAAAGACGAGAAUAAUGGUGAAAUUAUGAGUGAGUUUGUAGGACUUAGAGCUAAGCUGCAUGCAUUCAGAACUCAUAAAAAUAUGAAAGCUAAAAAAAGAGCAAAAGGAGUCAAAGGAUCAACUUUAAGAACUAUCACGUUUAAUGAUUUUAAAAACUGUCUUGAAAAGCACACCAAUGUAAUUAAACCCCAAUUCCUGAUUAGAAGUAAUAAACAUGAGGUUAAGACGAUUAAACAAACUAAAUUAGCUCUGAGUUGGAAUGAUGAUAAAAGAAAGUUGCAAGAGAAUUCUCCAGAUACAUUACCAUGGGGAUAUAAAAAACUGAAAAAUUAA